AUGCCGCGUCCGUUCGGUGUUUGGGCUCCGGCCACGACGCUUGCCGAGUAUCGCGCACGCAUCCCGAACCCUUUCGCAUACAGCUUCAAGUGGGUCUACGCCAUGAAGAAGGAGGUUUUCUACUCCCCAGAAGCGAUGGCGCACUUCAAGGACCCCCAGCAGUUUAAGGACGCAGUUGACACCGUCAUCGCGAUGCGUGUGUCGGACAAGAUCUUCGGCGAGGGCCAGAAGCUCCCCCGCCACCCGGUCAUUCUCAUGUUGGUGGUGCUCGCCACGCACGGCUUCAUCAUAUUCAGCGGUCUCAAGUACUACUACGGCACGUAUAUGCCGGCAAACAACCCGACGUGGCGCAAGACAGUCAACAAGGAGUGGGAGGAGGCCAUCAACAACUCCCCGUGGGACCACAUGUCGCACGUGUGGCAAUACAGCGACCAAUACGCGGCCGCCCUCGGCGAUACUGCUGCUCCUGGCCAGCGCAAGUUCUACAUUCCCGCUUAA